UACUAGUGUUAAAAAAGAAAAGAAAAAAAAAAGAAAAGGAAAAAAAAAGCAAACUCUCCAGUAUUUUCUAUGUGGAAGGAAGUUUUCUGUACAUUUCUCCCAUGUCUUUUACAUCAUGGUAGUUUGAAUAACCAUGCUUCCAUAUUCACAUCAACUUUUUUUGUUUUUGUUUUUCCAAUUUAUACACAGCACUUGCUCUGAAAUUUGGGGACUGAGUACACCAAAUACGAUAGAUCAGUGGGAUACCACAGGCCUAUACAGCUUCUCUGAACAAACCAGGUCUCUCGAUGGCCGCCUCCAAGUGUCCCACCGUAAAGGAUUGCCGCAUGUCAUUUACUGCCGCUUGUGGCGCUGGCCUGACCUUCACAGCCACCAUGAACUUAAGGCCAUUGAAAACUGUGAAUAUGCUUUUAAUCUUAAAAAGGAUGAAGUGUGUGUAAAUCCUUACCAUUACCAGAGAGUGGAGACUCCAGUUCUGCCUCCUGUUUUGGUACCACGACACACUGAGAUUCUGACUGAACUUCCUCCUCUCGAUGACUACACUCAUUCCAUUCCCGAAAACACUAAUUUUCCAGCAGGAAUAGAACCACAAAGCAAUUACAUACCAGAAACACCACCCCCUGGCUAUAUCAGUGAAGAUGGGGAAACCAGUGACCAGCAGUUGAACCAAAGCAUGGAUACGGGAUCACCGGCAGAGUUGUCUCCUAGUACACUCUCUCCUGUCAAUCACAGCCUAGAUUUGCAGCCAGUUACCUACUCGGAGCCUGCCUUUUGGUGUUCGAUAGCGUAUUAUGAACUAAAUCAGAGAGUGGGUGAAACUUUCCACGCGUCGCAACCUUCCCUUACGGUAGAUGGCUUCACGGACCCAUCCAACUCCGAACGAUUCUGCCUAGGUUUGCUCUCCAACGUUAACCGAAACGCCACAGUGGAAAUGACAAGACGCCACAUAGGAAGGGGAGUGCGUCUGUAUUAUAUCGGUGGGGAAGUUUUUGCCGAGUGCUUAAGUGAUAGCGCAAUCUUCGUGCAGAGUCCCAACUGUAACCAGAGAUACGGCUGGCAUCCGGCCACUGUGUGCAAAAUUCCACCAGGUUGCAACCUGAAGAUCUUCAACAACCAGGAAUUUGCUGCUCUUCUGGCUCAGUCUGUGAAUCAGGGCUUCGAGGCCGUGUACCAGCUCACCCGCAUGUGCACCAUCAGGAUGAGUUUCGUCAAAGGGUGGGGAGCUGAAUACAG